AUCCUUCGUCACUUUCCUUCUCCAACCGGGGCCAAGAGUAGCUACCCUAACGCAAGAUGUGCGACAAACGGCUGUGUGCCUGUGAGAAGAAGACGAUGCCGGGUUUCAUGAACCCGAACGACAAGCGCGUGAAGGCCCUCGAACAAGCGUAUGCGGAGUUCGCUCAAAUCGAUAGCAGGUCGUUAUUGAAGAAACACUUAACGCAGCAGGUGUUUGAUACGCUUAAGACACGCGUAACGAAUACCGGCUCCACUUUGAUGGACGUGAUCCAAUCGGGUUUAAAGAAUCCAGACUCGGGCGUUGGUGUUUACGCGCCUGAUCAGAACGCUUAUGACGUGUUCGCUGCUUUGUUCGACUCAGUGAUCGAGGAGUAUCAUAUUAAUUUCACAUCGAGCGAUGUCCAUCCAGAUUUGGAUUGGGGAGAACCGGAGCAACUAGGAGAUCUUGAUCCCGAGGGACAAUUCGUGAUUUCGACGAGAAUCCGUUGCGCCAGGUCGGUCAAUGGGUAUCCGUUGAAUCCUACUAUGACCAAAUCCCACUACUUGGAUUUGGAGGCAAAGGUACAGCAAGCCUUACGCUCGUUAGACGGCAACCUGAAAGGGACUUAUUACAGUCUGGCCGCGAUGGACAAAGAGAUGCAACAACAACUGAUAGACGAUCACUUUCUGUUCAAGGAGGGUGAUCGAUUUUUAGAGGCAGCCAACGCCAAUAGGUUCUGGCCAAGCGGAAGAGGAAUAUUUUUUAACGAGGCAAAAACUUUUCUCGUCUGGUGCAACGAGGAGGAUCACAUGCGUCUGAUAUCGAUGGAAAAGGGUGGCAAUCUGUCGUCCGUGUACUCGAGGCUUGUUAAAGCGGUUACCGAAGUCGGGAAGGAAAUACGAUUCUCGCGGCACCGUCGGUUCGGCUUCCUCACAUUUUGCCCGACCAACCUGGGGACAACCAUCAGGGCCUCUGUUCAUAUCCGCCUUCCCAAAUUGAGCGAGAAUUAUGCGAGAUUCGAAGAAAUCGCGAACAUGUACCAUCUUCAGUAUGUAAGUAGUAUGAUCGAAUAA